AUGACGUCCAUCCCAGACCUGAUCAGGAAGAAGAGAGACGGCGGCGAGCUGAGCGACGGCGAGAUCAGGACCUUCGUCGGCGCCGUUUCUGGUGGAACCAUCCAGGAGGCCCAGACAGUCACAAACAGCCGCCGGUCACUAAGCAGCGACAUCACAGCUGCAGCUACGAACCUGAAGCUGAAACAGGUGCCCAUGAUCAGUGGGCGGGGCUUGGCUCACACCGGAGGAACUCUGGACAAACUGGAGUCGAUUCCAGGAUUCAACAUCCACCAAUCAGCGGCGCAGAUCCGGGACAUCCUGGGCUCGGUCGGCUUCUGUAUCGUGGGUCAGACGGAGACGUUGGUUCCUGCAGAUCGGGUUCUUUACGCGCUGCGGGACGUCACCAGCACCGUGGACAGUUUACCGCUCAUCACCGGUUCUAUCAUCUCAAAGAAAGGGGCCGAGUCGCUGUCCGCUCUGGUUCUGGAUGUGAAGUUUGGCCGAGCUGCUCUGUACAAAGACCUGGAGGGCGCUAAAGAGUUAGCGCAGCAGCUAGUGACAACAGGAAACGGACUCGGUAUCCGAACGGGCGCCGUCCUCAGCAGGAUGGACGCCGUGAUCGGUCGAUGUGUCGGGAACAGUCUGGAGGUGAUCGAGUCUCUGGAGGCGCUAAAGGGCAACGGGCCGGACGACCUGAUGGAGCUGGUCACUACUCAGGGAGGCAUGUUGCUGCUGAUGACCGGUUUAGCGUCCGACCUAUCAGAAGGCAAAAAGAAGAUUUCCGACGCAGUGAUUGGUGGAGUCGCUCUGUCCAAGUUCCAGGCCAUGAUGGCGGCUCAGGGCGUAGCCAAUGAGACGGCUCGGUCGCUGUGCUCCGCCAAGACUGAUUACUUCAAGGUCCUGAGAAAAUCUAAGCAUGAGAUGGAACUGAAGGCUCCUGCAGACGGUGUGGUCGCGGACGUCGACGGUCUGGUUUUAGCCGAGGUUCUUCAUAAGUUGGGGGCGGGACGAUCAAAGGCAGGAGAACCUGUCAAUCACAGCGUGGGGGCGGAGCUACUGGUGUCCCUGGGUCAGAAGAUCAAGAAAGGUGCUUCCUGGCUGCGGCUCCAUUACGACGUUCUGGCUCCGACUUCAGACCAGAUAAAUCGACUGCAGAACGCUCUGACUGUUAACGACGACACACAAACACAACACAAACACGCUUUGGUGGCCGAGCUGCUGCUGCCUCAUUAACACCGUUUAACUUGUUUAUUUAUUAGCACCAGAUCAAAUUUACUGCAGAAAAAGUUUUCACCCGCCAA